AUCACCUCUAAAGACAUUUACAGAACCGUGAAAUCUGUUUUAGUCAAUCAAUUGGUCAUAUAUUUGGGGUUUUACUUCUUCGCGUAUUCAACGCUAUUAAGACAUGAAUACAAGAGCUGUGCCAUCAAUUACUGGCGAUUUUUAUUGCAAUUCUUGUUUUGUUCGGCUAUUCAAGAGAUUGGCUUUUACUACACCCACAGGUUAUUGCAUUUCAACAAAAUUUAUAAAUAUAUUCACUCUAAGCAUCACAAGUGGACAAUUCCCACGGCUAUGGCAUCCGUUUAUUGCCAUCCAUUUGAACACCUAAUCUCCAAUAUUGCACCCAUUCUUUUAGGUCCACAGCUAUUGAGUUCACAUCUGGCCUUCUUAUGGUUUUGGUUAGCGAUGUCCACCUUAUACUCAGUGCACACUCACUCAGGCUUUCAUCUGCCCCUCACAUUCUCACCUCAAUUCCAUGAUUACCAUCACUCCCAUCCGACUCAAAACUUUGGUACUUCUGGUCUUUUGGACAGUUUUCAUCAAACGGACACUCUUUUCAAGAAAUCAAAGGAAUCGCAACGAAAUAAAAUCUUUCUAACCUUCAGAACUCCUUACGAAGUGUUUAAAUAA